AUGGCAAUCCGUAGUAGUCCUGAGGGCAAACUGACUUUGAAUGCUAUACAGAACUGGAUCAGUGAAAACUUCCCUUACUACCGAAAGGAUGAACAGGGUUGGCAGAAUCAGAUAAGACAGACUCUAAGCACGAACAUUUGCUUCUGCAAAAUUCCACGAGCAAUGAAUGACCCUGGGCGUGGAAAUUAUUGGGCUAUAAGCCCAGAAGGAGCACUUCAGGCCCAGCAGCCGGUUGUUGGCAGUGAGACGGUGAUUGGAGCGAUGGUGAAUGGUGUACCGCAUCCUCAACUUCCAAAUGCGGUGUACUUUCCCACACCACAAGAAUUACAGGGAGCUCAUCAGCAACAUGCUUGGUACCAAUAUCACCUGCAUGAGUCGCAGCUCUUAGAGCAGCAACUAAUGGUCCUGCGGCAACAGCAGAUUCAAAAGCAGUACGACGAAGUGUAUCAAAAAUUUGUUUUCCACCAACAACAAAUGGCGUUUCUAAGCUCUCAGCAAAUAUCAGCUUAG